AUGGCGAAGGAGGUCUGGGACUGUCUCAAGACAAGGUUUGUUGGUGCGGAUCGCCUCAAGAACUCGCAGCUACAGACGUUGAAGAGCGAAUUCGACGCCAUGCGUAUGCAGGAGGGAGAGACCUUGGAUCAGUACGUUGGAAAGCUCAACGGCAUGUCCGUUAGUGUGAUCACCGGGAUCGAGCAGUUCUACGACCUUGACACCAUGUCGUUCAAGGAAGUUAAGGCAUGGCAAAAGAAGGAUAGCAACGAUUCCUCGUCGAGUAGCAAGGGCAAGUUCCACGCUCCUGCAAAGAACAACAACCACGGCCGGGGUGGUCGUGGACGCGGCGGGGUGCCGUGCACUGACGAGGAGAGUAGCUUGGGCGACGGUCGCCGCAACAAGAGCCACAUUAAGUGCUAUGAUUGCUAUAAGAUGGGGCACUACACGAACGAAUAUAAUGCACUGAAGAAGGAGGGGGAGGAGACACACCUCACAUGUGCCGAUGACACCGAGCUAGCUUUAUUGCUCGUAGUGUCAGAGGAGGUACCGAGGUUGCAGCAAAGGCAAGAUGUCAUGUUGCUGAAUAAGGAGAAGUUGAAGCCAGAACUGUGCGACACCAUGGAGGGAGGCUCCAGCUCUAAGGUAUUGUACCUGGACAAUGGAGCCAGUAAUCACAUGAUCGGUGACAAAGAGAAGUUCAGAGAGCUGGACGAAGGUGUCACUGGCAAGGUGAAGUUCGUGGAUGGCUCCACAGUGCAGAUCAUGGGCUUAGGGUUUGUUGUGUUCAGCUGCAAGAACGGCGACCAAUGGCUAUUACAGGAGGUCUACUACAUUCCCUAA